AGAUGGGUAAAUAUUUAUCUAAUCAUUGAUUAGACAUAGUAGAGUUUUUAUUUCAAAGGUGGUUGUGAAAUAUGGUUCCCUUCAAGAUGAGGGGACUCCAUUACAGACACCUCUGUAGUAUCACCUAUGGUCCUCCUGCUCCACCAUCACGCAAUCCUCCUCACCUCUCCCUCCUAGCCGACCAAUGUACCUCACUGCACCAACUCAAGCAAAUACAUGCCCAAAUGAUCGUCAGAGCCCGCAUCCACGACAAUUUUGCUGCCAGCCGUUUACUGUCCUUCUCUGCUCUCUCACAAUCAGGCAGCCUUUCUUAUGCCGUAAGACUUUUCGACAGUAUCAACGAACCCAAUUCAUUCAUGUGGAACACUCUCAUAAGAGCUCAAGCUGGUAGCUCAAAUCCCCGACAAGCCUUGCUUUUUUAUGUAAAGAUGCGAAGACUUUGCGUCGCUCCCGGUAAACAUACAUUCCCUUUUGUACUAAAAGCUUGUUCCAACGUGAUGUGUAUUUAUGUUAGUAGACAAGUGCAUUGUCAUUCUAUUAAAUUUGGGUUAGAUUUAGAUUUGCAUGUUGUUAAUGGCUUGAUCAGGGCUUAUUCUGUUUCUCGUGUAUUGAGGGAUGCGCGGGAAGUGUUUGAUGAAGUUCCUGAGAGAAAUUUGAGUAUUUGGACGACGAUGAUUUGUGGGUUUGCUCAGAAUGACAGGUAUGGUGAUGCUAUUCAGUUGUUUGAGUGUAUGCUUGAGGAUGGAAUGGCGCCCAACGGAGCUACAUUGGCUUCUGUGUUGUCAGCUUGUGCCCAGUCAGGUAGUUUGCAGUUAGGAGAACAGAUUCACGCCUAUAUGGAAGAAAACGGGAUAGAAUUAGGAGUGAUUCUUGGAACAGCAUUAGUGAACAUGUACGCAAAGAACGGUGCCAUAGUAAAAGCAAAGAAGUGCUUUAGUAGUAUGAGAGAAAGGAACAUUGCAACUUGGAAUGCAAUGAUUUGCGGGUUAGCUGCCCAUGGACAUGGAAAAGAAGCAAUUAACUUCUUUAAGGAACUAGAACAAGAAAAAGUAAAGCCAAAUGACAUUACAUUAGUUGGGGUUCUGUCAGCGUGCUGCCAUGCAGGGUUAUUUGACUAUGGUGAAGGAAUAUUUCACUCCAUGAAAGAGUUAUACCGUUUAGGUCCCAAGAUUGAGCAUUACGGAUGCAUGGUUGACAUUCUUGGGCGGAAUGGGAAACUACUAGAAGCUGAGCAGCUCAUAAGAGGAAUGAUUUGGAAGGCUGAUGUGGUUAUCUGGGGUUCCUUGUUACAUGCAUGUCAGAGCCAUGGAAACAUAGAUAUUGCAGAACGAGCUGUGAAAGAAAUUCUGCUUUUGAAUCCAAAUAGUCAUGGAGUAUAUGUCGUCUUAUCUAAUAUGUAUGCAGAAGCUGAAAGAUGGGACGAUGUGGUAAAACUAAGGAAGCGGAUGAAGGAAGGAAGUUUAAAGAAAACACCCGGUUGGAGCCUUGUAAAUGCAGCUACGUGAUUUUGGAUCCUUUCAAAAUUCACUGACUACUGCAUUUUGAGACCUGAAUGCCAUCACAUUUGUAAGAAUUGAAGGAUGACAACUAUCUUUUACAGAUUGGAAAUAUAACCUAGCAAAGUUGGUCAGUGAACGUUUUUUCAACCUUCAAUUAUGGAAGUAGAGGGAAAACCAAAUUGUGUAUGUGUCAACCUCAAAAUAUUCAGAAUGUAAUGUUUAGCAUGAUAAUUUUGUUAAAUGUAUCUAGAUUGUUAUCUCAUAUGAUGAAAAACAUAGCUGGGGAAAUUAAAGGUACCAAAACUUUCAGCUGAAGGACAGCCAAGUUAGGACACAUUACUUAAUCAUUGUUCCAUAAUGAGCCAAGAGAGCCACAUAGUUUCUGCAAAAACUUGUUGCUGGAUAGACUUUAACCAUCAACACAAAUAUUUUUAUGACAAAGUCACCAAAUACCUUGGUGGACACGCACUGGCAUUCCCUAAAUGUAAAGAAAUGUUAAGAAUUCAAACCUUACAAAUCACAUGAAGCAGAGUUCCUCUGCAGAUACAGAAACACAUUCGAUCUUGACCCAUUACAUAAUUGUC